AUGAGCGUAACGAUAAAGGUGUACAAGCCCGUGACACCCGGCAGUUGGGGCGAUCUUUGGGUUAGUUCCUUAUAGAAAGAGUAUAUUUAAUAAAUAUAAAAGCUGUGAUAAAAAAAUUAUAAAUUUCAAUUUGAUGCAAUUUUUUUAAGUUUUUAGUGAAAAAUGGUCGGGAUUUUUUUGAACAAGACUGGGUUUUUUUCAGUUUUUUUAAGAUCUUCUUUUAACUUCGAGAACACCAAAUUCACAAAAAAAUGAUCUGGAUCACUGUGAGCCACUCAAGGGAAACUUUUUUUCUGAUUUUAUUUAUUUUUUUAACCUUGUUUGAAACCGUAACCACGUCCACAAGCUUAAUUUUUCAGUUCUAAUAAUUUUAUAUUACCAACUAACUGAAAUUUCCAUAGCUCAGUUUUUUGAUACAAAUGUAUCAUUUUUGAACACAACUAAAAAAAUAGCAAGAUUAUUUUGAAGCUCUAUUUUUUUGAGAGCUUUCUAAACGUUAUUGCCUUGCUCAAUUCAACUUGUUUAAAAAACACGCAAAACUUCACCUCAAAAAUUCAGAAAGAUUAAAAUAAGCACUUUAAAAUGGGUGCAUCAAAAUCAAGUGCCGAGGCAAAUAUGAGCGGCCAGGGCUGAUAUCAACACCAAGUGGUCAAAAAAUAUCACUGCCUUCUGUUUAAACAAGGAGAGAAUCUUAAAACCUCUUCGUAUUGUACAUCGGUAUGAUUAAGAUGGAAAUGUUUCUAGAAAAAAAAAAAUUUAAUUUAUUCAACAUUUUUUUCAGUAUUUUGUACAUCAAAGUGCAGAAUUUUCGUUUUUGAAGAUUGGGAAUUUUCAAAAUUCAAUCCACCUAAAUUACAGAAAUGCAUAAGAAUUCUUUUGUCCGCGUCAUUUUCGAAAAUCGAUAAUGCUCAUUUGAAUAUUUGUUGCGUCAUUUGCUGACUCAUGGGAAAAACCACAGCAUAAGCAAUUUUUCGUAAAAUUUGACAGGAAACUGAAUGAAGCUGAAAGAUAUCAAGCCAUUUUAUGAGUUUUUUUCUAGCUGUUCCGAACUAACGUAAAAAAAUUCCUCAGUAUUUUUGAGUAUUAAAAAUUUAUUUACUGAUUUUUCUUCCACUGUUGAAUAGAAAAAAAGAUAAAAAUGAUAUACUUUUUUUGGAUCCAACUUUUGGAAGCUUAUUUUUCAGCAUUUAGUGGAUUCCCAUCAAAAAUUCAUUAGGUUUUUGAAAAAAGGAGAUGUAGCUCAAGAAAGAAUUUUCCACUUUCUAGGUUUAGCUUAUUCUCACCCGCGCUUCUAACUUCUAUCAAGACCGAAAGGUCCCUAAAAGAGUUUAAUCAUGAUUCCUUAGAGGGAUGAAGCUCAAGAAAGGAUAUCGGAGCCAAUCGACCGAAGCGUUCGCGUUUUGUGGGUGUGGUUGUUUUGAGGGCGCAUAGUGAGCGGCCUGUUCGGCCUGUGGGUGUCUGCCUGUUUGAAAUCUCUCCUCGUCCUCUUUCCCCCGUCCCUCGCCUGGUCGGUCGCUUUUGAUCUGAAGCCCAUCGACUUUGUUUUUUUCUGCUUCUGACGCUUCCCCCAGUAAUUCUGUCGGCCAAACGCCAUUGUUGAAUUGACAAUGGUGUUCUCUGGCAACGUCCGAAGUUACGAUCGGUGUGCUUCCCGCACUAUCAGCGACUCUACAUUCCGUUCCGGUGGAGAUACCUAUCGACUUUCCCGCUCUACUAUGAUUGACCUGUUCCAGUCAACUUUUUUCAACACAUCAUUUUCACAGGAGGACUACAUAUAUAGUCCUACAAUUUAUGGCAAGGUGACUUGACUAUUGGAAAAAGCAUAAAAUUCGAGCCUUAAUAACUAUAUAUCGUUUCAUAGUAAUACCUUAGACUCUGAAAUUGUGUUUUGCACUAUCCAAUUCUUCCAUCAUGUUUUUCAUCGAAACGGGUUGAAGCUAUAAAACAAAUUGACAUCGAGAAUAAGAAAUUCAUCUGAUUUUGCGAGAUCUUGAAACAUAAUUUUAGAUCAUCUAGUUCUCCCAAUUUUUUAUUAUGUUAGAUUUUUGAAGCUUCGAAGAUUUAUCAAUUAUUAUAUUUUGAUAACUUUUAUGUAUGGUUAGCCAGAGUUAAGGAACAGAUUUUGAAAUGAACCAGUUCAUCCAGAUUUUUGAUCAGAAGAAAUGAAUGUUAAAAUCUUGGGAUUAGCUUUGUAUAAAUACAACCAGAAAUAUUAAAAAUUUUUUGUCAAAACAACUUGUUUUUUUAUUAUUUUUAAAUUCAGUGAACUUGUUCUUAUUUCAAUGGGUGGAGCAGAUUUUGAUUGUCGAUUUUUCCAUUUCUUUAAAUUUGAAAAAUCCAUUUUUUGCGAGAGAAAUUUAUUAGUGGAAAAAGUUUGAUUCUGCUGAUUCUAGUUUUCCAAGUUGGAUAUUCAAGAAAGUAGCAAAAAAAUGAGUUGUAAAAGCUGAAGAUUCAAGUUUCAACUGAUUGAAUCUUUUGUGAACGCUUCAUAUUUGGAGAUAGUUUCUUCUCGAUCCUUCGGCUGCAAGUACAGUGUAGGAGACAGAAUUUUGUGUGCCUAGACUAGAUUAGGAAGCUUCGAGCCUCGGAAACGUAUAAACAAAAGUUAAGGUGCAAACAAUUCUUGUUGAACAUCGUUCUAUUUUGAAAAUUGCUUCCCAUUUCAUUCUCAAAACACUGGAACAACGCUCCUCUAUCGUUUCUUCUGAUAAUUAACCUCAUUGGACUGACGCUAUGAGAACGAAAAGUGGCCAACUACUACCAGGGAGGCCGUCGGAAGGGGCCGUUUUUUUCUCCGAGUCGGCUAAGCAGCCAAAGUGUGCCUCAACUCGUAUCUACACUUUCGUGUUUUGUGAAGCGAUCCUUCUCUCCCAGCGGCUAUUAUUCGUUCUUUUGCCGCCGACCUUGAUUUUGAGGCGCAGAAACCCACGUCGUCGCAUAUGCAUACGCGGGUCCGCACAGAUUUGUGUUUUGCAUUACAUGGGGCGGUCUAUUGUGUUCGCAGAAGAUUUGCACUGAUUCUUUUUCCAAAUAGUGACCGCCCGGAAAUAAUGUGUACAAACAUAGAUGUCUGGAUUUUUUUUCGGCUCUUUUUCGAUAGGAUCGAUAAAAGCAAACACUUAAAAGUAUGGAUUGAAAAAAAUUCAUGUCAGGAAAAAUAUUUCAAGGUUUAAUGAUAAGUUUUGAAAAAGACAAAAAAAUCUCUUGGAAAGCAACUACGCUUCAUUGAUAAACUCAUCUAAAUGACAAAUUUAAAUGUAAAAAAAUAAUUUUUUUCAACAAACCCAACGUCGAUGCUGAGAAAUCGAUGAUUUUUUCUCGAAAUAUCAAUCAAAAUGAGCUGCAAAAUUUUUAUCUCAAUAAAGCUGUCCCAUUCAAAAAAUUAAAUUUCCAAUUUUUCCCAUUCACAAAAUCAAAAACCAAGAAACCUAUAUUUUUUCAGGAUCAAAUGGAAAACAUCUCGGCUCACACUCAAAAAGGAAUCGAGUAUCUGGAGAGAAUCGCGACGUUCACCAAGGAAAGAGCCGUUGUCGAAGAGGAAUAUGCAGCUAGGCUUAGGUUGGAUGAAUAUUAGACGAUGAUGAAAAAAUAAUUGAUUUCAGAGGAGUCGCCAAAAAGUUUUUCAAGAAAAAAGAAGAGGAAGAGCUUUGGAGGACUGUUUCUUUUGCCAAAGGCUUCACUGGAAUUGUGAAGGAACUCGAGUCGCUUGCUGGCCAACACGAGGUCUUUCUUUUCUUGUUUCGAAUUUUUUCAAUUCGAAUGCAAACAUAGAUUGGUUUUUUUCGUAAAAAAAGAGUAGUUUUAUGACAAAAAUUAUGUUAUUUGAAAGUUAUAGAAAUUGAACUUAUCUCAUCCAGAACGAGAAAAAAAGGAAAAACGGAGUUUUAAUUAGUUAUUAAAAAAAGGUACAUAACUUGCUUCAAAAAUAGGCCAAAUUAUAUUGAUACAAAUAAAAAAAAGUUUACAGGAAAUUAUUGAAUCCUUAUUUGUUUUUUUUUAACUUAACAGGAAACGUUACCAAUAUGUCUUAAUUCGAAGAAACUUGAAAAUAAAAAAUUUACUUGAGUUGCUCUAAGAUACUAUGACCUUGUUUGCAAAGGCUAGACGCGUAAUGGUUGCGACGCGGCUUUUUCAAAAAAAUUAAUUAUUACGGUAGCAUUGAAAAAAAUCAGAGCACAUAGCAAAUUUUGAUUUAGUCGCAAAAAAAGAAGAAGACUCAUUUUUAACCGCAUCGUGAAGCUUUUUCUUUAUUUUGGAGAAAAAAUGAUUAUUUGUAUUUCUUGAAAAGCUCUUAAAAUGGUUAGCUUCAGGUCAUCUCCGAAUCCUUGAAAAAAGAAGUCGUCAGCUACGCGAUGGAUAAGGCGGCCUUGCACAGAGGGACUCGCAAGCAGAUUCUCAGCGAGAUUCAGAGCGCCCACGCCGAAGUCAACAACGCCGUCAGCGACAUGAUGAAGGCCCACAAGCAGUACGGGUGAGUAUUUUUCUAUCAGAAGUCUUGAAAAAAAUCCUCCGUGUAAAAAUUGUCAAUAUAAAAUUGCAGGAAGGCGUUCAAAGAAGCCGAGGCUGCUUUUCUGAAGUAUACAAAAGCAGAGAAAAACAUGGAAAUUUCUCGUCUUGAUCUCGAGAAAGCCAAGAACAACUCCCAGGUACGCGAUCAUUUCUUUUUCCUCCGAAUAUUUAUAUAUCCAGAUGCGAAAUGGCAUCUGCGAAGAAGCCAAGCAGCAUUACGCCUACGCUGUGUCCAAGGCCAAUGACCUGCAGAGAUGGUAUUUCGAGGAGGAACUUCCCCAAAUUCUUGAGAAAUACAAGGUGCGUAGGGAGAGAUCUUUUUUUUUGUAUUUCAAAAAACUGCAAUUUCAGAACCUUGACCUUGAUCGUAUCAACGACGUCCGAGAAGUUCUCAUGAAGUGCAUCAGUGCCGAGGAGGACGUCCAGCCUAUCAUUGGUAAGAUCCUUCCUUGCUUUUUUGAACUUGUCAAUUUGGAAAAAUUCACCGGCCUAACGUCGAUUAGGAAAUUGCUUACAGUAAAGCCAUAAAAAGAUAAGAAAAAACGCGACAUUGGUCACGACUUUCUUGUGAGGAAUUCAUUCUUCCUGAACUUUUGUAAAAUUGUUUUUUUUUCUGUGAACUGAAAUUUCAUUUUAGUGUUAAAAAUAACAGUCAUCACAGCUCUAGAAAGUUUCGGAAAGUUUGAAUUGCUUACAAGAAAGUUGUGGUCAAAAAUCUGUUUAUUCGUGUAUUUUUUGACGGUACUGGAACUCAUAUAAAAUUUCUGACACCUUAUCAUUAUUUCCAGAAUGAAAAAGAAAAAAAUAAAUAUUUGGAGCUUAGCGGUUCAUGAGUCACAAAUUUUUUUGAUUGGAAGGUUCUUUUUUUCGAUUUUUCCUUUUUUUAUCAGUUAAAAAAACCCUUUGAAGCUCAUACUAGCUUUGAAUUGAGAAAAGAAAAAAAUUCUGAAAGUUUAGAAGCGUCAUAGUUUAUAUAUAAACCAGAAAAAUACAAUCAAAAAACUUUAAGUCACACCUCCGCAAUAAUCCAAAAGCACUUACUUUUGUAGUUUGGAUAAACUAAAAAUCGUCUUUUCAGCUCGUUGCCAUUCCGACAUGCGAGUUGCUGCCAAAUCGAUUGACGCAGCCAACGAUGUCAUGUUGGUCGUCGAGAAUUUCAAGUAAGAAAGAAUACCAUCCUUUCGAAAGCCAUUUUUUGAUUUCCAGGUCGGGAAUCCCUCGUCCUUCUCCCUUUUCUUUUGAAGACCUUGGACGUCCGGACGCUCUUCUGAACGGCUCCGGUGAGAUCAAAAAAAUGUUAUCUCUCUUGAAAAGCAAUUUUUAACAGAUAAUGUCGAUGCAACGAUCAAAAAAGGAACUUUGUUGGGUCGCAAGGAUGCCAAAAGCGGUGUUGUUCGUAAGCAAUCGAUGCAUCAGAAGUUCUUCGGAGUCGGUGGAGGAAGCGAUAAGAAGGUGACUUUAAUUUUUGCAGUUCAAAUAAGAGUAUUUUUUUAUACAAAAAAAGGCCACUUGACUUUUUUUGUGCCAGAGUACUGACAUACUGAAAAAAAAAUAAGAAGAAACUUCAAAAAUGGAAAAACCCAUUCUCAAUUAUUUUGAUGAUUAUGAUGAUUAGGAUAAUUCGAGUCACAUAAAAGUUCAUUUUUCGCAGAGCUCAAAAAAAAACUAAUCAAAAAUUUCAGUCCGACAACGGCGAAUACGGGAACCUUCCCCCUCAACAGCGAGCGCGGAAAAUUGCCGGCAAGCUGGCUGAGAUCGAAAAAGAUCGCGAGCGGGCGAUUCAAAGCCGUGAAGGAGUCAGCAAAAUGCAGAACGCUUACCGUUCAAAUCCGAAGCUUGGAAAUCCUGCCGACUGCGACGCUCAACUUUCGCAAUACGCCCAGGAAAUCGACGCUCUCACAGUUCAAAUCGGUCGUCUCCGCGGUCUUCUUGAAGAGACUAAUGCUCAGCUAGGUUUGUGAUCCGAUCAACGUUUUAUUCUCAGUUAAACUGUAAUAGAAAACUGUCAACAAAAAAAAAUGAAGCGCGCUUUUUUCAAUCUAUCCUUCCUGCCUUACAUAUUAAUAAGGAUCGACUAUGAACAAUUCAGAGGCAGUAUAUCAGUCUUAUAACCCUUUAGAAUUGUUCUCUUAAGUUUUCUAUUACCAUAUUCAUUCUUGAGUGGCGACAAGAAGAACGAUAGCUAUGGUUAAAUAAUUUCCUUCUCCCCAAAAAAAAUAGUGAAGAAAAUCGGAAAUGAUUGUAAAAAUUGAGUAUUGCCCCGUUUAUCUUCUGAUCAAAUGAAAUGCAAACUUUGUAGUUUCUCGUCUAUUUCGCCAGAAAACGCUACAAAAAGAGAAAAAAUAAAAUUUUAUCUUUCAGGAAUCUCUGAGAGCGACACACCACCGUCGGUUCGGUCGUACUCCUCGGCCUCGAGUGCCGCUCCAAGAUCGACAACUCCUGCUCCAGCCACCCUCGAGCCUGAACACCAUCGCAACUCUUCGGACAACUGGAGUCGAUUCAGCGAGCAGAGCGCCGAGAACACGUUGGCGCCCAAUGGCACUGCUCCGAUCGCCAACAGAGAAGAGGUUGGGGCUUUCAGAAAUUUUGAAAAAGAGCUGUGCUCUGAGCCGACUGGGCUGGUCAUCGUAUUGUAACGCGGUUGCAAAGCCGAUAAAAUUAGCGACUUUUUGAAUUUUCCUGUCACUAAAGUCAAACAGAGUGUGCAAAUCAAAGACUGAUUGAUUGAAAAUAUUUUAUUUAUCAACACUAAGGGAUGUGUAUUUUAAAGUUGCAAUUGUCGGUUCGGUUAUUACGGCCCGCCCAAGCACAUCCCUGUUUUCGAAUAUUCAUAUGCCUUUUUUUGUUUCUUCUGGCAGCUGAUACUCAAACAGUUUUUUUUCAAUUUUAGAACUAGUCUGACUUAUAAGGUAAAUCAAUGGUACUCCUACAUCACAGCGCAAAUUGGUAUCCAAAAGCUUCGAUCGCGGGUUUAGCGAAAAUUGGUUUUUCGAAUCUUAGGACUUUGAUAAAGUCUUAUCAACUCUCUAAGUCUUAAUUCUCUCAAUUUUUAAAGGAGUCUCUGCCCAAGUCAGGCGAUUGGAGAAAAUUUCAUAAUAUUUUUGAAUUGGAAAAAAAGAAAAAAAAAUGCAAUAAUGCGUCAUUGAUACGCCUUCAGCAAAACAAAGAUAACUGAAUUAAACAACGAGACUUUUUCGCACGCGAAAUCGAAUUUUGUUCCGAUCUUUUUCGAUUCACUAUUAGAAUCACUCAUAAACGUUGUUGAAGAACAAGACAUCGAAAAUCGUCUACAAUGAAUUAAAUAUAGACAAAAAAUUUUCAAAAAAAGAAUACGUUAUGAAUACUUUAUUGAAAUGAGAUAUCAGGGCACCGAUAAUGAUUAACCUCAGCAACUGAAACGAAAUUCAUUUUUACUGAAAUAUUUAUUAAUAACCAACACCAAUACUGACAAAAAAAUGCAAAAAGGAUUGAAAAAAAUAAUUUUUAAAAAAAGCACUGAAAAAAAGUCAAAAAAAGAUCCAUCUCAUUAAAUUUUUGGAACGAAUGUCUUUUUAGUAUAGAGUUCAUACCCGAUCAAAAAUUAUUUAUCAAAAAGUAUUAAAAAAACUUUUUUUAAAAAAAGAGUGGACAAGUUUUCUAAUUUUUUUCCUUUAUCUAACCAUAAAAAAAUGAACCAAAAACAAACACAGCCCUAGAGAAAAUUUUGAAGUUUCUUUCAUAGUACUGACAAAAAUUGAUGAUUUAAGCAAUCAAUCACUCUUUUAAUACACAUUGGAAACUGUAAACUGAUAAAUAUCAAAUUUAUUUCAUUAUUAUUUUUACAGGUUUACGAAGAAUGCGCCCCACCGCCAUCGUUGGGCAGAGCCACGGCUCUGUUUGCCUUUGAAGGACAAGCCGAUGGAACGAUUCGUAUGAGGGAAGGAGAAGAGUUUUUCCUGGUGGAGAACGACGAAGGAGAUGGCUGGACUCGUGUCCGUCGGUUGGUCUUUUUCUUCAAAUUUUUUUCAAUUUCAGAGAAUUUCAUUUACCAACUAGUCGUUGUUUUCAGAAUCAAUGAGAAUCAAGAAGGCUUCGUUCCAUCGUCAUACUUGAGAUGCGAGUACUUCUAA